UAUAUUCAUCAUCAAACUCUUUACAUAUCAUCUCCAAUUCAGUUCACCAUCAUCUUACUAAGUUUUUUAAUAAUUUGUUCAUUGAAAGUCAACAUGGCACCACAUGGUGACACCAUUGUUAGCUCAUAUGGUCAACCACAUCCGUUUAGUAAGCCACCGAGACUAUCGUCUGAUGGGCUCAAACGAACGGUGUCUGACAUGUCAUAUGAGUUGAAGAAAGAGGCAAUUGACAUCAACUCAUUGUCCACCAUAUCUGAGGUGGUGGAUGCCAAGUGUGAAUGUUGUGGCAUGGUAGAAGAAUGCACACCCGAAUACAUGGAAAAGGUGCACAACCGGUUCUUAGGCAAGUGGAUAUGCGGCUUGUGUUCAGAAGCCGUCAAGGAAGAGAUGGAGAAGAAUGGUGGCAAUAAAGAAGAGGCCUUGAGUAGUCACAUGAACACAUGUGUUCGCUUCAACAAACUUGAUCGUGCCUAUCCAGUUUUGUGUCAAGCCGAGGCAAUGAGAAAUCUAUUGAAAAAGACUACUCUACGUGCUAAAUCUUUGAGCCCAAGAGAACAUCAUGGCCAGGGGAUCAAGAAAGCAGGUGGCAUUGCAAGGAGUUCAAGCUGCAUUCCUGCCAUUACCAAAGAGAUCAAUUAUUAAUUAAUAAGCUAAUUACUAUCAUUUCACUUAAUUAACUAGACACAAUACACGCAUGCAUGUCCAACUAUUAGUACGUAGGAUUUUGCUUUUAGUAUUAGUAUAUAUAACUUCACUAUAUAUGCGCAAUUACAUUCGAGGGACUGAGAGCAACACGAUAUAUGUUCCUACUAUAUAUACAAAAAGGAGCGAGGUUUAAUUUUUUACUUUCAAUUUGUGAGUUUGUUUUUAACCCAUGACACAUCCAGCCAACAUAUCUUGACCUGGUUAUAGGGGUUUUUUUUUCAGGUGUUGGUUGUUUUUCAAAAGGGUUUUGGUUGUUGUUGUUUAGCUAUCAAUUGUAGCUAUUAUAAUUGUAUUGUUUGGUUGUUUUGUAAGUGUCAAUUAAGUCAUGUAAUGAAAGUGAAUAAAUUUGUUUCU